GUCUGCAAGUUUGUACAUAUUUAUACAGCUGCUGUACUUUGAAAUCACACAUCACUGCAUGACUUAAGACAGUGAGGGCUGGUCUCUCAUUCUUUAUUAACUAGAGAGCUGUAGGACCUGGAGGCUCCCUGCCCUCCCCGGUGGCUGAGUCCACAGAGGGUGUGUAAAGGAAUCCAAAUGUGCACAAGUUUAGCUACUACCCAGUCUCUGCUUUCUUAAACCCAUGGGGCAAGAGGACACAGCCUUGGAUGAGCUUAGAUCUUCUUAUUCUCAGGAGGAACCUAUGCCAACUCCCUGUGCUCAGCAAGGAGAAAAGCACAGCCCAAGCCUUACAUGGUUAAACCUGCCAUCCAUGAGAACCUUGCAGAAGAACUGAGUUUUGGAACCUCCUCUUGGCAGGACAUUUACAGCUUCUGGGGAGGAGUGUGGGUUUCCAACUUAAAGACAAGUAGACAAACUUAUCUGUACAAUCCCCCCUCCAAAGCCCCUUGGGAUGAUGCUCUGGAUAAGUAUUUGAUGCUCAAAGUUCUGGAGACUGGUUUACCCACCUUGUGACCUGCUAUGAUUGUCUACCUGGUACUGUACCUGCACUCCCUGCUCCUGGUUGUGCUAGGACAGACCAUCCCAGAAGAAGACCUCCACACUUUUGUUCCAGACUCCGAGGGUGACCUUCUGUUUCUUCUGGACAGUUCGGGAAGCGUUUCUUAUUAUGAGUUUGCUAAAGUCAAGAAGUUUAUUGGUGAUCUCCUGCGCCCUUUCACCUUUGGCCCUCAGGAUGUGCAGGCCAGUAUUGUUCACAUUAGCACAGAUCCUGCUCUAGAAUUCCCUUUCGACCAACAUGGCUCCGGCAAAGAGAUACAAAAAGCGAUACAGGAUGUAAAACAACGUAUGGGCGAUACAAAUACGGGAAAGGCCCUUUCCUUUGUCAACGAGAACCUUUCUGCCGGCUCUUUUGGAUCUAGGGAUGAGGUCCCGAAAGUCAUGGUGUGGGUUACAGAUGGCCUGUCCACUGAUGAUAUCUCGCAGCCCAUGCAGCUUCUGAAGGACAUGGGUGUUACAGUGUUUAUCGUAAGCACUGGCCGUGGAAGCUACCUGGAGCUGUCAGAAGCAGCCAGCCAACCACCCGAGGAACACCUGCACUUUGUGGAUGUGGAUGACCUUCAUAUUAUUACAAAGGAACUUAGAGAUUCAAUAAUUGAACUGAUUCAAGCAAAAAGGCUGCAGGCUCAUGACAUAACCACUACAAGUAUUCGACUAACGUGGCCAAGACUGUUGUCGGAAGCCAAAGAUGAGAGUUAUACUGUGGAAUAUGCCCCAGAAGCAGACACAAGCCGUAGUUUGAGGAUGAGUUUGGCUGGAGAUCAGACCGGAGUGAUUCUAAGUAAUUUAACCCCUAAUACUACAUAUCGUGUCACACUCACCCCUGAAUCCAACGUCCGGUAUGUUCAGCCACAAACAAUCCAGGUCUCCACUCUCCCUGAACCGGAACUAAUACUGGAGGUUCAUGAUAUCACGGCUACAGGUUUUCGGCUAACAUGGCCAAAGUUGUUGUCUCAAAGAGAGAGUUAUAUUUUCGAGUGCACUCCGGAAUCUGACGCAAGCCGCGGUAUACAGGAGAGUCUGUCUGGGGACCAGGACGAGUUGGUCCUCAAUAACCUGACCCCUAAUACGACAUAUCGUGUUACCCUCACCCCUAAAUCCAACGUCUACUCUAUCAAGCCACAAACUAUACAAGUCUCUACACUUCCUGAAGCGAAAGUAAUAAUCCUGCAGGUUUAUGACGUAACAACGACAGGUUUGCGGCUGUCAUGGCCGAGGCUGCUGUCUCAGGUGGAAGGAGAGAGUUACCUUUUGGAAUAUUGGCCAGAAUCAGACACAAGUCUCGGAAUACGGAGGACUUUGUCUGGAGAUCAGACUGAGGUGGUCCUGAGUAAUUUAACCCCUAAUACCACAUAUCUGGUAACGCUCACUGCCCAAUCCAACGUCCAGUUUAUCCGGCCACAAACCGUACUCGUCUCCACGCUGCCUGAACCAAAAGUGAUGACAUUACAGGUUCACGACUUAACGACUACGAGUUUCCGGCUAACGUGGUCACAGUUGUUGUCUCGAGAUCAUGGAGAGAGUUACCUUUUGGAAUACGCGCCAGAAUCAGACACAAGCCGCAGAAUACUGAAGACUUUACCUGGGGACCAGACUGGGGUGGUCCUGAGUAACUUAUCUCCUGAUACCACUUAUGAAGUCACACUUACCCCUAAAUCCAACGUCCAGGUCAUCAAACCACAAACUAUACGGGUCUCUACACUUCCUGAACCGAAAGUAAUAAUCCUGCAGGUUUAUGAGGUAACAACGACAGGUUUGCGGCUGUCAUGGCCGAAGCUGCUGUCUCAGGUGGAAGGAGAGAGUUACCUUUUGGAAUAUUCGCCAGAAUCAGACACAAGUCUCGGAAUACGGAGGACUUUGUCUGGAGAUCAGACUGAGGUGGUCCUGAGUAAUUUAACCCCUAAUACCACAUAUCUGGUAACGCUCACUGCCCAAUCCAACGUCCAGUUUAUCCGGCCACAAACCGUACUCGUCUCCACGCUGCCUGAACCGAAAACCAUCACUCUGCAGACUCAUGACAUAACAGCUACGAGUUUCCGGCUAACGUGGUCGCAGUUGUUGUCUCGAGAUCAUGGAGAGAGUUACCUUUUGGAAUACGCGCCAGAAUCAGACACAAGCCACAGAAUACUGAAGAGUUUACCUGGAGACCAGACUGGGGUGGUCCUGAGUAACUUAUCUCCUGAUACCACUUAUGAAGUCACACUUACCCCUAAAUCCAACGUCCAGGUCAUCAAACCACAAACUAUACAGGUCUCUACACUUCCUGAAGUGAAAGUAAUAAGGCUGCAGGUUUAUGAGGUAACAACGACAGGUUUGCGGCUGUCAUGGCCGAGGCUGCUGUCUCAGGUGGAAGGAGAGAGUUACCUUUUGGAAUAUUCGCCAGAAUCAGACACAAGUCCCGGAAUACGGAGGACUUUGUCUGGAGAUCAGACUGAGGUGGUCCUGAGUAAUUUAACCCCUAAUACCACAUAUCUGGUAACGCUCACUGCCCAGUCCAACGUCCAGUUUAUCCGGCCACAAACCGUACUCGUCUCCACGCUGCCUGAACCGAAAAUCAUCACUCUGCAGACUCAUGACAUAACAGCUACGAGUUUCCGGCUAACGUGGUCACAGUUAUUGUCUCGAGAUCAUGAAGAGAGUUACCUUUUGGAAUACGCGCCAGAAUCAGACACAAGCCACAGAAUACUGAAGAGUUUACCUGGGGACCAGACUGGGGUGGUCCUGAGUAACUUAUCUCCUGACACCACUUAUGAAGUCACACUCACCCCUAAAUCCAACGUCCAGGUCAUCAAGCCACAAACUAUCCUGGUCACCACUUCUCCAGAACCUAAAUUAAUAACACUCCGGGUCCAUGAUAUAAAGCCUACAAGUUUUCGGCUAACAUGGCCAAAGUUACUGUCACAAGCUAAAGGGGAGAGUUAUCUAUUGGAGUACGCACUAGAAUUUGACACAAGACACAGAAUGCUGAAGAAUUUGCCCGGAGAUGAGACUGACGUGAUCCUAAAUAACCUAACCCCUGAUACCACUUAUCGGGUCACACUUACCCCUGAAUCCAGUGUCCAGUUUGUCCAACCACAUACUAUACGGGUCACCACUUUUCCUGAACAAAUCACUCCAACUCAGAUUCUGAUAUCGGAACCCAGUUCACACAGUUUCCGGGUAAGCUGGGGUCCUAACCUCGACAGCGUGGCGGGCUAUGAAAUCCAGUACGGUCCGCUUCCAAGCAAUACGGUGCACAAAGUAAAGGUGGACAGCACCAUCAACAGCACCGUCCUGGAGAACCUCAAAUCCAACACAACGUACUUGGUCACUGUAGCUGCCAUAUUUAAACAUGGAGGGGAAAAGGCAUUAUCUGCAAUCGCUUGCACAGAAGAGAAAGAUGCCAAAGUGAGUUACCUGCAUUUGGAUGAUCUGGGCUCUGAUAGCCUAAAGGCCACAUGGGGCUCCGCAGAAGGAGAUGUACAGGGGUAUCGCGUGAGGUGCCGGCGACAGGCAGGGAAUACCUCGGUGGUCAACGUGGCUCCUCACACUCACAAUGUGCUUUUUACCGAUAUGGCAGUAGGAACGACCAACAAGAUCUGUGUGAAGCCAAUCUAUAAGAACGGUGCUGGGAAAAGCCUGUGCAGGACAGUCCGCAUACAUCGAGCAACUUCUGCAGGAGGAUAUCCGAGACCGCAGAGUUAAUAAAUCCAUGCGAGAGAACCACAACUAUCUACUCCAGAGCCGGAUCUCAGAAGACAGCCCCGUGCCUCUCAAAUCCUCAGUUGGGUUAGGAGUGUCUUCUGUAACCUUCAUUCAGACUUGACUGUAGCAAGUGAGCGGCAACCGAGAUCCUGAGAGUCUGCACGUUGGAAGAGGUUACGCAUUUCGUAUCUCAGGAUGCCAGAGAGGGACCUUUGCGAGUCUUGGUUUUGAGAGACUAAGAAUGAUACCCACUAGAGCAACGAGGAACCUAGUGUCCUAGAGGGUCACUUUGAACAACAAGCCUUAAUUAUGGACCUUGGUUAUCAUUGAAAUGCAUGUACUACUUGAGGGCAGCCAAACAAGGCUUCCGCUAGUGUCGGGUCGGGGAAAGCAAACCUUUAGGUGGGUCUGUAGAAAGACCAAAUGGAUAUAGCACCAUCUAUGAUAUGGACCCAGAAAAUACACUGUCAAAGGAAGAUAACUAUGAUGUAUUUAAGUAUUGUUGUUUUCACAAAAAAAUGAAUUAUUAACAAGGAGACUGUUACAAAGUACAACGAGAAUAAAAAUCAACACCUUA